AUCAUCAUCAUCAUCAUCAUCGGUGAAAACAUGCGUUUCAGUCACGAACCCGCCGCUUUCCAGCUCUGCGCAAACAUGUUCGAGAGCGAGGACUCGGGCUCCGCAGACGGGGAGCAGAUGACCGAGGUGCGCUCGCCGUGCUCGGGCCCCUCCAGCCCGCAGUCCGUGACCUCGGACUCCAGCUGCACCAGCCCCGAGGCCAAGUCCGCGUCAGCGCAGCAGAGAGUCAGGAGGCCCUUGAACGCCUUCAUCAUCUGGACCAAAGAGGAGCGCAGGAGGCUGGCACACCUGAACCCAGACCUGGAGAACACGGAUCUGAGCAAAAUACUCGGAAAGACCUGGAAGGCCAUGUCUCUGGCAGAGAAACGCCCCUACAUGCAGGAGGCCGAGCGUCUCAGGGUCCAGCACACCAUCGACUACCCCAACUACAAGUACAGGCCCCGCAGGAGGAAGCAGCUGAAGAAGAGCUCCAAGCCCCCAGGCGCUGAUGCUUCCUCUUCCCAUGCGGCGCUCUGCAGCUCUGGCUUCAUGGUGCCCCACAACCUCACUCACCUGCUCCAGAACCAGCAGCCAUCCUACCCGAGCAUGCACGCCUUCCCCAGCUCCCCCGCCAACUACAACCCUUUGCGCAGCAGCUACACAAACACUCCAGCUUUUCCAGACACAGCAGCAGCAGCAGCAGCAGCAGCAGCAGCAGCGGAUGCUUUCAACCUGCCCGCCUACCCUGCAGAGCCUCAGGUGUACUACGGUGAUCAGCACACGCAGUACGGUUUCUCCACCUCCGCAGCUCCCCAUGUGGAUCAGGGGGAGUCCAGGUUGUACGGGGGCCUGCUGUGUCCUGCCGGGCCCUCCCUGGAGUUCUACCUGGAACAGGUCCAGCUGGACAUGCUGUACGAUCUAGACCGCAGCGAGUUCGAACAGUACCUGAGUCCGACGACCCCUCACAGGCCGGAGUCGGUGGACCCCAGCAGCUACCACCAGCAGAGCGGCCACAGACAGGGACGCUCGCUGUCGUAGCACCGCGAACACUGAUGUAUUUAUUCCAAUCCUCUCAGCGCGUCACCUGGUGAUGACGGCCGGAAAGUGUGUAUUGUGCAAUUUGUUCAUGAAAAACUUGUGUUCUUAGAUGACUGUGCUGUCUUCAAAUGUGAUUAUAAUGAAUCAAUAAAUAAUUAA